CGACCACGCAAAACAACAGUCCAUAUUUUCUCAAGCAUACUUAUAUCCAGGUUGCAUCCUCCACCCCCCUAUACACUCUCUCAUCUCCCCCCUCCCCCUGCCCGCCUCUCGUCGCUUCGAGGCUUCGAAGCGUCUCAGCAAGCGAACACUAGAAUAACUGCGGAGACACCGCAUUGGGCGAAAAAUACCCUUUCAAGUCUCGACCAUACCUCGACGUCAACAUUUGUGUAGCGCUAUAACUAGCACCACAGUUCCUAAUUUCCAUUCAUUCCAGCUGGCCUCUCUCUUUCUGGGGUUUUCCGAUCUGUUCUCCUUCUGGGUUUAGACAUCCAUUCGUCGCUUUUCCAGCUAUUGUCUACCAUUUCCAGUGCACUUUUCGCCAACAUGUCUUCAUCGGCCGCAGCCACUUCUGCCGCUGCUUCGUCUGCAGUUGCUUCUUCCGCGAUUGCUUCUUCAGCAGCUACCUCUUCAGAAGCAUCAACAGCAGCAUCAUCAGCAGCAGCAUCGUCAGCAGUAGCAUCAUCAGCAGCAGCAUCGUCAGCAGCAGCAUCGUCAACAGCAACAUCAUCAGCAGCAACUUCGGCCGUUUCUAGCGCUUCCAGCUCGGCUUCUAGCUCGGCUUCUGUCUCGAGUAGCUCGUCCAGUUCUAUUGCGACUUCUUCAUCGACUUCUGAAUCCGUAGUGAACAGCCCAAGCAGCUCAGGUUCUCGCCAAAUUAGUGGUGGAGCCAUUGGCGGUAUCGUGGUUGGGAUUAUAGGAGGGCUAGUAGUUAUCGGAUUGUUAUGGACUUGGUGGAGGUCGAGAAAAACUCGGGGCGAAAAAGUACCUCCCCCGCCUAAAAGAGAAAUGUCCUAUAAUAUCGACUCAAGUCAGAGACGCCCUUCUAUGAUGGGUACGCCAUAUAACUCGUUUUCUCAUCAUCGUAGAGCGAGUACGCGCGCUUCUCUGCUGGCUCCUCCACCACCUUCGUCUAUUUACUAUCAUUCUCGCCAUCAAUCCUCCAACCAGAUAUCACCUCUGGUAACACCUAACACCAUCCCAUCCCACGAUGCUUCUCCUCCCAUGGCUGCGUCUGGAUCAUCGCACUCUCCAAAUGAAUCACCUUCGUUCCCUCCUGCGGAUACUAACAGUUCAGCUCCUCAAGGAAACAUGCCUGGCGAAAAGCCUUUUCUAACGCCCAUCAAUACUGGCGUAGGCACCAGUGAAGAGUCAGAAGUGCAACCUAGCCGGGCAAAGUCACCAGAACGCCCAAAGGGCCGUUCUCCUUCGGCCUUUGCGAUCCACCAGGAGCCAUAUGAAGCCGGUCCUUCCAUUGAAUCACAAACCCCUCGUGACUCACCUCACAAUUCUCCCCGCGCGUCGCUCAACAGUCUCCCUAACAACGCCAGAGGAUCAUCCAUGACUUCUCUCCGAGCUUCGGCCAUAGGCCACCGUCCAACUUCGAUGAACUCUCUCGGUUCUAGCAAGUAUCUCCAUUUCGGCCCCGCCGGUGGUGCGCCUCAUCAGGGAAGGCCCGUUGCGUUGGAGAUGCCAAAGUUGCUUGGUGCUAGGCCGGACAUGAAUGGAGACUUUUUCAGUUCCGUGGGUGUGCAGAAAUUGCAAGAGAGUCAGAGUUUUGGCUUGGGCCUGGAUGAGAUGGGUAGGAUGCGAAGACCUUCCAGCAGACCAUUUAAUUCGUACAUGGACCUCACGCCAUCGCCUACCCAUUCCACGUUCCCGCGGUCUGCUACGGACCGACAAAUGACUCCCAGGCAGUUAGAAGCUGGACAGAAAAGGGCGCGGACUAGUGGCAUCCAGAAUAACCGCUCAGUGCUGGAGGGCAAUGAGCUGGAAGAGUAAUAGAACGGAAUAUUUGUAUCGGACAUUUGGAAUAAGGGCACGCACACAGAGGGUAAGCUCAUAGGAAGAUAUAGUCUCUCACAUUUAUUUGGUCACGGACUUUUCAUAUACCAUUGAUACUUAUUGUCCCACAUGUGAAACCCUCGUAGUCUGUUAAUUAUUGUUACCUGUAGUAGUCAAAUAUCUGUUAGAUGAUUGUAGACCCACUGCGAGGUGCACAUACUUAUGGGAUGUAAGCCUAUUAUCGAUCAAUCACUC